AUGACUUUAGGCUAUUUUUUCCCAUUUGCCCUUAUCAAUCGACUGUGCUUAAUUGCUUCAAACUUUACCAGUGAACUUCUUGCGAUUAAGAAGGCACUCGCAUUUUAUGUGACCAAUCAGGAGAUUUCAGACCCAACUGAGGGAUUGGUAAUUUUCUCUGAGUCAAAAGCGGCCCUAGAGGCAAUCGACAACGGUGAAACCAACGUCACUUCUGCCAUAAAUGUCCUACUUGAAGGCUUGCACGGCAAUGGGAAAUCCUGCUUGCUGCAAUGGAUACCGUCGCACGUGAAUAUUGAGGGAAACGAGUCUGCGGACUCCUUGGCUAAGGAAGACAGAGGUGCCGACCAACCUUGCACCACCAUCACGCUUGCAGACGCAAAUGCAGUCGCAAGACACAGACUUCUGCCCCAUUCCUUCAGGAAACCCCUCAUUACUGACUUUGAUUGUUCCAGAAUCUUAACAUCAACAAUUACAAGACUGAGAAGAAACCACUUUAAAGGAAUGAAAAUUCUUCCCGACAAAAUAAGAACUUAUAUUCCCUACAAGAACUGUACCGAUAUCCAACUUACCCCAGAUCACAUUCUCGAGUGCCCAGCCCUUACCCCAUAUGUUUUACAACUGGGUAUGGCGCCACUGGCUUCAGAACUUCGUGAGAUCCUCUAA